AUGCCCAAAAAUAUGGUGUCUCGUCUUUGUGAGUCUAAAAAGGUUUGUGCUGCAGCUGAUAUGCAACUUCAGGUCUUUUAUGCCAUUUUGGAUCAAAUUUACCAUGGGAAGCAUCCCCUGAGGCGGUCAACCACAGACAUUCUCAAGGAAACACAGGAGAAAUUUUAUGGUUUACCAUACGUUCCAAACACUGCCUGGCAGCUGCGAUUCAGUCACCUCGUGGGCUAUGGUGCCAAGUAUUACUCUUACCUGAUGUCCAGGGCAGUAGCUUCCAUGGUUUGGAAGGAAUGUUUCCUACAGGAUCCUUUUAACAGGUCGACAGGGGAGCGGUACCGAAGGGAGAUGCUGGCCCACGGUGGGGGCAGGGAGCCCAUGCUCAUGGUGCAAGGUAUGCUUCAGAAGUGCCCUUCUAUUGAUGACUUUGUAAGUGCCCUCGUCUCCGACUUGGAUCUUGACUUGGAAACUUUCCUCAUGGAUUCUGAAUAACAGAAACACCUUGAAUCUUUUAAGUCAAAGUCAUGUAGUUAUUAACUUUGUUGUAAAUGCUACAGCUGUUAACACUCGUUUCUGAUUUCAGUAUUCAUUUCUGUAAUAAUUUCUGAAAAACCGUAAACGGAUGGAACUUGGAAUAAAUAAGUGUUUUAAUUAAGCUAGCUUUUAGUCUGUUUGGCAGAUUUUUUAACAUAUGGAAAUCCACUCAGUGAGCUAGUAAACACUAGAACA